ACCUGGAACGAACUGGAAUAACGUUAGUGUUUUUCUCGCUCUUAACAUUUUCAUCCAGGAGCAAUGAGACGGAAGGAAAAGAGGUUGCUGCAGUUCGCCGGCUUGCUCAUAGCGGCUCUCCUCUUCCUUCCAAACGUGGGUCUGUGGUCCUUGUACCGAGAUCGGGUGUUUGAGAACUCGCCCGAGAUAGUAGAGGGACCCGGUGGUAUCCCCCAAAUACAGGGGGUGAACGUGAGGCCCCGGAAGGAGUCGCAGGUGGGGCGCGACGGGGUGCGGAGGAAGGACUGGCACGACUACGAGGCCAUCAGGAGGGACGCAGCCCGCUCGGGUAACGGCGAACAGGGCAAGCCCUUCCCGCUGACCGAUGCCGACCGCGUCGACCAGGCGUACAGAGAGAACGGCUUCAACAUCUACGUCAGCGACCGGAUCUCGCUGAACCGCUCCGUGGCUGACAUCCGACACCCGAACUGCAAGCAGAAGCUGUACGCCGAGAAGCUCCCCAACACCAGCAUCAUCAUCCCGUUCCACAACGAGGGUUGGUCCUCGCUGCUGCGCACCGUCCACAGCGUGCUCAACCGCUCCCCGCCCGAGCUCAUCGCCGAGAUCAUCCUGGUGGAUGACUUCAGCGACAAAGAGCACCUAAAAGCCUCGCUGGAGGAGUACAUGGUGCGCAUGCCCAAGGUCAGGAUUCUGCGCACCAAGAAGAGGGAGGGGCUCAUCAGAACCAGGCUGCUGGGGGCGUCUGCCGCCAAGGGAGAAGUCAUCACCUUCCUGGACUCUCACUGUGAAGCCAAUGUCAACUGGCUGCCUCCUCUCCUGGACCGGAUCGCCCAGAACCGCAAGUCGAUAGUGUGCCCGAUGAUCGACGUGAUCGACCACGACAACUUCGGCUACGAGACCCAGGCGGGCGACGCCAUGCGGGGGGCCUUCGACUGGGAGAUGUACUACAAGCGCAUUCCGAUUCCCCCGGAGCUGCAGCAGGAGGACCCCAGCGAGCCCUUCGAGUCUCCGGUGAUGGCUGGUGGACUCUUUGCUGUAGACAGGAAGUGGUUCUGGGAGCUGGGAGGAUAUGACACGGGCCUGGAGAUCUGGGGAGGAGAGCAAUACGAGAUCUCCUUCAAGGUGUGGAUGUGCGGGGGCCGCAUGGAGGACAUCCCCUGCUCCCGGGUGGGGCACAUCUACAGGAAGUACGUCCCCUACAAGGUCCCUGGAGGCGUCAGCUUGGCGAGGAACCUGAAGCGCGUGGCGGAGGUGUGGAUGGACGAGUACGCGGAGUACAUCUACCAGCGCCGGCCCGAGUACAGGCACCUGUCCGCCGGGGACGUGACCACCCAGAAGGAGCUGAGGAACUCCCUCAACUGCAAGAGCUUCAAGUGGUUCAUGACCGAGGUGGCGUGGGACCUGCCCAAACACUACCCCCCCGUGGAGCCCCCCGCCGCAGCCUGGGGAGAGCUUCGCAACGUGGGCAGUGGCUUGUGCAUGGAGAGCAAGCACUUCGCCUCAGGGUCGCCCAUUCGGGUGGAAACCUGCCUUAAGGGGCGGGGUGAGACAGGCUGGAGUCAUGGACAGGUCUUUACGCUGGGCUGGAGGGAGGACAUCCGUGUGGGCGACCCCAUGCACACCAAGAAGGUGUGCUUCGACGCCAUCUCCCACAACAGCCCCGUCACCCUGUACGACUGCCACGGCAUGAGGGGCAACCAACUGUGGAAGUACAGAAGGGAUAAGAGUAUAUAUCACCCCGUCAGUAAUAGUUGCAUGGACAGCAGCGCUACAGAGAAGAGGGUGUUCAUGAACACCUGUGACCCCAGCUCCCCGGGCCAGCAGUGGACGUUCGAGAAAACCAACAGCACCGUGCUGGAGCAGUUCAACCGCAGCAACAACUGAGACCAAGCAGAGCACUGUGUACCUGGGAUUGCAGAGUUUGUGAUCAAGGGG